AGCACCGCCCCGCCGCGGCCCCUCCUCAGGUGAGGGCCGGCCCCGCCCUGCGCCCAGGUCGGAGCCCGGAAGCCCUGAGGCCCUGGCGGCAGGGCCAUGGCGGGCGCGGGGCGGUUGCCUCUAUCCUUAUCUCUUAUCCUCCUCUUCUGCCCCAUCCCGCCGGCCGGCGCGGCACUGCGGCUGCUGCUGGGCGCCGAGCCGCCCUUCACCUGCUCCCAGCCGGAUUUAAACUGUCUCGUAAGAAAUAGUACCUGCAUGGAGGCAAGCUGGCUGCAAAUUUCCCAGUGGACUCCUUCUGCUCCAAGCAGUCUUCAUGUCUCUUCUGAUGUUUUCCAUCAGAUGGAUGGAAACAUGCUCCCUGUGCUUCGGAUAGAAUGGAAAGUGGCCACUGAUGCUAGCAUCUGGUACCUCCGAGGGGCAGAGCUGGCUGUCAUGCAAGUGAACAGCAAUCAACAGAUCUGCGCCCAGUUUGACUUUCAGAACAACUUGCCACUUCAGGUCCGUCCAGAUGGAGGCCGGUGGAAUUUCACUUUUGACCGUUUUGAAGUGGAACCUGGCCAGACUUACCAAGUGACUGUCUACCACCUGCCCAAACUGGGAGUAGCUGGAGACCACAAUUGCAAGUCCAUGGCUCUCACAAUGCCUGAUUGCAAGGACUCACAGAAAAGAACCAUCCCAUGCAUAAAGACAGGCAGUUUGUGGGAGCCCAGGAUCCAAGGUAAAAGUCUAGAUGAUACAACUCUGCUUGUGAGCUUUAACCCAUGGAUGGAGGCAGCCCGAUACCAAAUUCAUGUUACCAGUUUCCUAAAUGAGAAGAAGUGUAAAAUGAUCACACGCGAUUUCACUGGGAGUGGACUGCAACAGCAAGUGAAUGUCACAAUCAAAAUAGAGAAGAAUAUAAAUUGCUGCAACUAUGAAAUACAGAUUCAGCCGUUCUUUGCAAACUGUGGCACAGACUGUCUGAGACACUCUGCUUUCAUCCCAUGUUCACCAGCUCCAACUACAGACCCAUCAGGUGAUAUGAUUAUAUGGCUCUACUGGUGUAUCACUGGGAUCUGUGUGUUACUGGUGGGAUCUGUCAUAGCAGGUGUGGUUUGUAUGACCAAAAAACGAGCAGGACACCAGCAAGGGAAAUGCAACCACAAUGAUUUGCAAACAGCAGCAACAUAUACCAACCUUCCUCUACCACCCUUGAAGCCCCGAAAGGUUUGGAUUGUGUACUCUGCUGAUCACCUGCUGUAUGUGGACGUGGUGCUGAAGUUUGCAGAGUUUCUGAUGACAGUCUGUGGCACUGCUGUAGCCUUAGAUCUGCUAGAAGAUCAUCAGAUCUCAGAGUUAGGGCCAUUACCCUGGCUUACUCGACAGAAGAAGGAAAUGGAAGACUUGUCUUCAAAGAUCAUCAUCUUGUGCUCGCGGGGAACCCAGGCUAAAUGGCAGGCCAUGCUUGGGAGUGAGCCAGUGUGUCUCAAACAAGAUCAGCAAAAGCCAGUGGGAGAUCUGUUCACCCCAGCCCUGAAUUUGAUCCUGCCAGAUUUCAAGAAGCCAGCCUGUUUUGGAAUGUAUAUAAUCUGCUAUUUUGAGGGGAUAACUAGUGAGAAAGAUAUCCCUGAUCUGUUCAACGUCACAUCCAGGUAUCAACUGAUGGACAAGUUUGAAGAUAUUUAUUUUCGGAUUCAGGAUUUGGAGAAGUUUGAACCUGGGCGCAUCCAUCGAAUCCAGGAAAUCACAGCUGAAAAUUACAUUGAUACCCCCAGUGGGAGGAAGUUGAAAGACGCGGUGCUAAAGUUCAAAAACUGGCAGACAGAGCACCCAGACUGGUUUGAAAAUGAAACCAUCUGCUUAGAUAAUGAAGAAGAGUUGCAGUCUCUAAACAGAGAGAGCCAGGUGGAUUCACUGCUAAGUGAACCGGGUGGAAUUGUGAAGCACCAACUGCACCUGCGGGAGCCUGACCCAAACUGCUGUUAUGUCAUUAACCUCCAUAUGCAUGAAGAUGAAAGUGGAGGCUGUAAACUGCAGCCUCAACUUAAUCCACGUGAGGACCUGACUUCUCAGACCAUGGUCCUUCCUGUGGAUGUUCCUCUAGUUCACGUAGUGGAGCCUGUGUCUUCCAUGAAAUCAGAAAUACUUGGUCAUUGUGUGCUGAGUAAUGAGGACUGUAUGGAAGGAGUUCCUCUUCUGGAGACAAGCUUUUCUAUGAGGAACAACAUCAUCCUCCAUGAUGACUCCAGAGUUUCAGCAAUUGAUGACCAGAGUCCUGCAAGCCUCUCAGGUCAACUGAGACACCAUCUGAACGGACUCAUGUACUCUCUUUAUCAGCACAGUGUUGUUUCCUUCAGAGCCAUCCUCUGCCAAGAGGAGGCUAACAAGCAACACCAGUUGGUCUUUGAUGACCAAUGCAAAGACCAAAGACAGUCAGUGCAGUCAGACCAGGGCUACAUCUCUAGAUGUUCUCGUCUGCCUCCUGAGGACCUUGUGGAAGAGGAGGAGGAAGAAGAGGAGGAGGAGGAGGAUCAGGAAAAACAGGAGAUCUUCCAAGAACUCUCUCCAGAAGUUUUAAACAGUCUAAAGAGCCUCCAGCAGCAGUUAUUUUUCCAGGACAUUCAACGGAGCUCUGACUGGGGGUAUGCAGCUGAGGUGAUGGAAAAUGGCCAAUCUUUGAAGGACUGUUAGGUUCCAUUUGAACUACAGGAAUGGAAGGUGGUACCAUGCACAGUGCUGAAACUGCAUUUCCAGGACCAUUCUUGUCCUUGUAUUAUAAAUUACUUACUGGUGGGAUUUUUCCAUCUGCUGCUUGGUGGCAGGAUUGUCCAGCAGACUUGGUAACAUUGGUAAAAAUAUCUGUGGAGAGCAACAAGAAAUAAUAGCCAGCCAUGUGAAAGAACAGACUAGUUCUGUUCCUUGAGGAAUGUAUUUCAUUGAGUCCUCACUGAUGGAUAGCAAAGGAAGCUACUGUGGCUCAUCCACUUGUGCCUUCAAAAUGCCCUCCAGCUAUACUGGUUCUACUGCACUGGAUAAAAGUCAUUGCCAGGGUUUGGAAAUAGAUUUAGGUAACAGGGCAACGCUUGCAUUGGCAUUUUAAUACACAUUUUAAAUAUUUUGUUGUAAACUCAGUGUAAAGAUGAGUGCCUUAAACUUCAGUCAGGUUAGGGCUGUCUCUAACUGGCUGAUAAUGUGUAUCUGGAGAUUUUUUUUUUCUUUUAACUACUCAUUCAUUCAUUCUGAACUGUGUUUCUGUCGCCAUUGAAAUCGAAUGGAAGAACUGAGCAGUAAGUGGACAUAAACUUUUAAUUAGGAGUCUCUGUAAUUCUCCUAUAUCCCUGCUGGGAGGUGUACUUAAAAGCCGCCAAUAGGGGAAAGAGGGGAAAAGGGACAAUGGGCAAAAUAUGGAAUUUGGGCAUACUGUACAACUUUAAGAAGAAUCUGGGACAGAAUACAGAAUAACUGAAUCAUGGAGUCUGGUAAAUUCUCUAAUGCACUGAUGUUUGCUUUUGACAUCAUAGCACCAGGAAGUCUUGAACUAAAGAGGCAGAUAGUGACACACAAUUAUGGAAAUGAGAGACUAUUUUGGAGGGGGAAAAUUGUAGCUUCAGCAGCUGCUGUUUUAGAGUGGAGGCUGAGCAAAAAUGAGUGUAAGAUGGACUUGCCUGGGUAUAAAUUCAAGUGAAGGUCUUCUAGGCUAACGUUUGUGAAAGAGUAAUAGGCUAAGAUGGGAUCAUCUUCCAGGUGCAGUGAUAGUAACAUAUCAUUCCAGUGUUUUUAAAAGUCUGGGCUUUGAAGUACUAGAAAAAUUUUUCCCUGCAAGUGACUGCAUGUUGGCCCAUGUAGCACUGGCGGGGUAGUGGACUAGUCAAGGCUGGUGGUUUCCAUAUUUAUGACAGUUUCUGCAGUCCAACCUGCUGGUUAACAGCUUGUGAGAUGUAAAUAUGUCCAGGCCUUUCUCUUUUGUGUUCAGAUAAGCUUGUCAUCUUCCUCUCCUUCUAAGUUUACUUAUCAAUAAAACCUUAAGAGAAUUUUACUUCAGCUUUUUAAAAAUCUGUAUCUUGGAAGGUAAUCUGCUCUUUGACUCACAACCAAUGCUUUAUUAUGUAUAUUUUAUAAAUUUAUUUGUUAUAAGGUGUGUUUUGUUCCUUAAAUAAAAAAACGAGUAGUUUUGGA